CGAGACUUGCAGGCGUCCCGGCAUCUCCUCUGACCGGGCGCGAUGGGCAAAAAGGGCAAGAAAGAGAAGAAGGGCCGCGGGGCGGAGAAGACGGCCGCCAAGGUGGAGAAGAAGGUGUCCAAGCGCUCGCGGAAGGAGGAGCUUGCUGUCACCUUGCAGAGGCUUUCCCAGACUAGGCUGCCUGUGCUACCAGACCUGCCCUGUCCCAGCCCCUCGGCCCCGUGAUUGUGAUGCUCAGCCGCUUGAGAAGUGCUGCCUUAGAGUGGUAGGAGGGAAGCUUACCUGGCUUCUGGACCUUGUUUUAAUCUGGAGGACCUCGAAGCCCUCAUAGCCCACUUCCAGGCUCUCGAUGCCAGAAAGACUCGGAUCGUGGAGACACCCUGCUCCCCACCUUCUCCAAGGUUAAAUGCCUCACUCUCUGCUCAUCCUGAGAAAGAAGAAUUAAUCCUUUUCGGAGGUGAAUAUUUCAAUGGCCAAAAAGACUUUUGUAUAUAAUGAACUCUACGUCUACAACAUUAGGAAGGACGCCUGGACUAAAGUCGAAAUCCCCAACCCACCUCCGAGGCGUUGUGCUCACCAGGCGGUGGUGGUGCCCCAGGGCGGCGGACAGCUGUGGAUCUUUGGCGGGGAGUUUGCCUCUCCCGACGGAGAGCACUUCUACCACUACAGGGACCUCUGGGUCCUGCAUUUGGCCACCAGGACGUGGGAGCAAGUCAGAUCACCAGGCGGUCCUUCAGGACGGAGUGGACAUCGGAUGGUGGCCUGGAAGAGACAGUUAAUCCUUUUUGGUGGCUUCCAUGAGAGUACAAGAGAUUACAUCUAUUACAAUGACCUGUAUGCCUUCAACCUGGACGCUUUCACGUGGAGCAGGCUGUCCCCGUCCGGGACUGGGCCCACACCCAGGUCAGGCUGCCAGAUGACCGUCACCGCCCAGGGCAGCAUCGUCAUCUACGGGGGCUACUCGAAGCAGAGAGUCAGGAAAGAUGUGGACAGAGGUACCCAGCACUCCGACAUGUUCCUGCUGAAGGCUGAGGAGGGAAGAGAAGGCAGAUGGGCCUGGACGCGGGUCAACCCUUCCGGAGCCAAGCCCACGCCAAGGUCCGGCUUCUCGGUGGCUGUGGCCCCGAACCAUCAGAUGCUGCUGUUUGGGGGUGUGUGUGACGACGAGGAGGACGAGAGCCUGGAGGGCCACUUUCUCAGCGACCUGCACUUCUACGACCCCGUCAGGAACCGCUGGUUUGCGGGGCAGCUGAAGGGGCCCAAGGUGGAGAAGAGGAGGCGCAGGCGGGGCAGAAAAGGGGAGCCCGGGGAUUCCAGCAAGCAGGAACUGAAGGGGACCCGGGCCCAGGAGCCCCUGCAGGUGGCCAGAGAGCUGGUGGCAGAGGACGGGACCGCGGCCACCAUCCAGCAGGGGCUCGCUGCCCGGGGCCCGGCGGGACAGCCCAAGUCUGACGACAGCGACGAUGGCCCCAGCGAGGCGGGGGUCCCUGCGGUGGAGCCGAGCGCCCGCUCCAGCGCCAUGCUGGCCGUGAAGCACGGGCGCCUCUACCUCUAUGGGGGCAUGUUUGAGGCUGGCGACCGCCAGGUCACCCUCAGCGACCUGUACUGCCUCGACCUCCACAAGAUGGAGGAGUGGACCGUCCUGGUGGAGAUGGAUCCAGAAUCUCAGGAGUGGCUGGAGGAGACGGACUCGGAGGAGGACAGCGACGAGGUCAAGGGCGCCGAGGGCGGCGGGGAGAGUGAAGAGGACGAGGACAGCGGCGAGGAGGCCAGGGAGCAACGCCCCUCGGCGGCGCCCGGUGAGCCAUUCGCAUACUCCCUGCCCAGGACCGAGCAGUAGUGGGCGAAGCUGGCGCAGACGACGCCGGGCCCCGGAGAGGAGAGCGCUGAGAGCCGCCCGGGCCGUGGCCGUGGCUUUCUCUGAUGACUCAGCCGCAGCCGCACACCCGCCAGAGCCUAGACUGAGGGGGUGGGGUUCCCUGCCCUCAGCGCGCUGCGUGCGGUUUAAAAUAAACUGGACUUGGCAGGGGGCUGCUGCCGCGAGGGUGGUCUUUCGUGCAGCCUCCGGGCCCCGGUGGUUCUGGCGGGGCCUCGGGCUGGGUCGGGCCGAGCUGAUGGUGAGGGGGAGCCGCCUACACGGCAGGCGGCACCUUGAUCAUGAAGUGGAACGCUGCGGGCUUUGCGGGGUUCCCCUCUGCAAAACUAGGAGACGGGUUCUGCCCGCCUGCACGUUCAGCCGACUCCUUCCUUUUUAAAAAUGAUCGGUGGCCGCCCACCGCCUCCUGUACGCGUUUUCUCGGUUCUCUGGAGAAUAAAGCCUGUUGUGGGCUGGUCUGCUCACUCUGCCA